CCAAAUUAUUUUUGCUUUUGCUUUUACUGUUUGGGGGUGGCAUUUCGGUGGUGUGUGCUGCCGAGCCGCCUGCCCAGAUGAGCUCCAGUGCCUGCCUGUAGUUGCCCACUUUGGGAUCGCUGGACACAUAAGUGGCAUUUCGGUGGGGGGAAACCUGCAGACAUGUGAGAAUGGCUGGACCAUUGCAGUGGCGCACUGAUUUUUGUGGAUGGUGAACACAAAAAAGAGAUUGAGAAGACACCACCCGAGUUAUUCUGACACAUGACUUGAGUGCUUUCUAUUCUUAGAGAGAUGAGGAUCUGAAAUAUGUAGACUGAGAAUAACACAUGUCCAGGUUAAAACUCUGUCCUACAAGAAGUAUUUGAUGGAUUAUUCCUAGAUAUUUUUGAGAAGGUGAAUACAAAACGUUAUCCCAAUCUGACCACCACGAGGUCGUCGUUAUUUUGAUGUUGAAUACUCAGAGAAGGGUGCCAUGGAUGUAAAAGAAAGGAAGCCGUAUCGAUCUCUGACUCGGCGCCGUGACACUGAACGCCGCUACACCAGCUCUUCAGCUGAGAGUGAGGACAGCAAAGUACCCCAGAAGUCCUACAGCUCUAGCGAGACGCUGAAGGCUUAUGAUCAAGACUCCAGGUUGACCUACAGCAAUCGGGUCAAAGACAUGGUGCACCAGGAGGCCGAUGAAUUCUGCCGAGCAGGAGCCAACUUCUCUUUGCGAGAGCUGGGUCUUGAAGACGUGACACCCACACACGGGACUCUGUACCGGACUGAUAUCGGGCUGCCUCACUGCGGCUACUCCAUCAGCGCCGGCUCGGAUGCCGACACGGAGGCAGACGUGGUCAUGUCACCUGAGCAUCCCGUGAGGCUCUGGGGACGCAACCCCAAGUCCGGACGCAGCUCCUGCUUGUCGAGUCGGGCCAACUCCAACCUUACCCUCACGGACACAGAGCAUGAGAAUACUGAAACUGGUCCUCCCCUGCGUUGUUCGUCCGCCUCUUCCACCCCCCCAGAGCAGUCCCCCUCCCCUCCCCCCUCGCCGCCGGCCAAUGAGGGCCCGGGGCGGUUGCUGGGCAACGGCGCGGCCCAGCCGGCCGCGGACUCUGACUCUGAGGAAGAGUUUGUCCCUAAUUCAUUCUUAGUUAAAAGUGGCUCUGGAAACCUCUGUGUUGCCGCCAAUGAUCAUCCUCCAAAUCUUCAAAAUCAUUCAAGACUUAGAACUCCACCACCUCCAAUAUCACACACUCACACCCCAAAUCAACAUCAUGCGGCCUCUGUCAAUUCCCUAAACAGAGGGAACUUCACUCCACGCAGCAAUCCCAGCCCAGCUCCUACAGACCACUCUCUUUCUGGAGAACAACCAGCCAGCACUCAAGAGCCAGCCCAUGCUCAGGACAACUGGUUGCUUAACAGUAACAUCCCACUGGAGACUAGAAACAUAGCAAAGCAGACAUUCCUAGAGACAUUGCAGGACAACCUCAUUGAGAUGGACAUUCUCACCUCCUCCCGACAUGACGGUGCUUACAAUGAUGGGCACUUCCUGUUCAAACCUGGAGGCACUUCUCCCCUUUUUUGUACAACGUCGCCGGGAUAUCCCUUGACGUCCAGCACUGUGUACUCACCUCCCCCUAGGCCCCUUCCCAGAAGUACCUUCUCUAGGCCUGCCUUUAACCUGAAGAAACCCUAUAAGUACUGUAACUGGAAAUGUGCAGCUCUGAGUGCCAUUGUCAUCUCAGUCACGCUGGUGAUCCUGCUGGCGUAUUUUAUAGCCAUGCACCUGUUUGGCCUAAACUGGCACCUGCAGCCGAUGGAAGGGCAGAUGUAUGAAAUCACGGAAGACACAGCCAGCAGUUGGCCAGUGCCAACGGACGUCUCCUUAUAUCCUUCUGGGGGCACAGGGUUAGAGUUACCUGACAGGAAAGGCAAAGGAACCAGUGAAGGAAAGCCCAGUAGUUUCUUUCCAGACGACAGUUUUAUAGACUCUGGAGAAAUUGAUGUUGGCAGACGAGCCACACAGAAGAUCCCUCCUGGUAUCUUUUGGAGAUCUCAGGUGUUCAUCGACCACCCAGUGCAUCUGAAAUUCAAUGUGUCUUUGGGAAAGGCUGCUUUGGUUGGCAUCUAUGGCAGAAAAGGCCUCCCACCAUCACAUACACAGUUUGACUUUGUCGAGCUCCUUGAUGGAAGACGUCUACUGACACAGGAGGCGAGAAGCUUAGAAGGACCUCAGCGGCAACACAGAGCUUUUGUGCCCUUGUCCAGCCAUGAGACGGGAUUUAUCCAGUAUUUAGAUUCAGGAAUAUGGCAUUUGGCCUUCUACAAUGAUGGCAAGGAAUCGGAAGUGGUUUCUUUUCUUACUACUGCUAUUGAAUCAGUGGAUAAUUGUCCCAGUAAUUGCUAUGGGAAUGGAGACUGCGUGUCUGGGACUUGCCAUUGCUUCCUUGGCUUUCUGGGCCCUGACUGUGGCAGAGCAUCCUGCCCUGUGCUGUGCAGUGGGAAUGGGCAGUACAUGAAGGGGAGGUGCUUGUGCCAUAGCGGCUGGAAAGGAGCAGAAUGCGACGUCCCAACAAACCAGUGCAUUGACGUCUCCUGCAACAACCAUGGCACGUGCAUCAUGGGCACCUGUAUCUGCAACCCAGGCUACAAAGGCGAGAGCUGUGAGGAAGUGGACUGCAUGGAUCCCACCUGCUCGGGACGAGGCGUGUGCGUGCGAGGAGAAUGCCACUGCUCAGUUGGCUGGGGAGGAACAAACUGUGAGACCCCAAGAGCCACUUGUCUGGAUCAAUGCUCUGGUCACGGGACCUUUCUCCCAGAUACUGGACUUUGCAGCUGCGAUCCCAACUGGACCGGGCACGAUUGCUCAAUCGAGAUUUGUGCAGCGGACUGCGGAGGACACGGCGUUUGUGUGGGAGGCACCUGCCGCUGCGAGGAGGGCUGGAUGGGCACAGCCUGUGAUCAGCGAGCGUGUCACCCACGCUGCAACGAGCACGGGACAUGCCGGGAUGGCAAAUGUGAAUGCAGCCCGGGCUGGAACGGAGAGCACUGCACCAUUGAGGGAUGCCCCGGCUUGUGCAACGGCAACGGCAGGUGCACGCUGGACGUGAACGGCUGGCACUGCGUCUGCCAGCUGGGCUGGAGGGGAGCCGGCUGCGACACCGCCAUGGAGACGGCCUGCGGCGACAGCAAAGACAACGACGGAGAUGGCCUGGUGGAUUGCAUGGACCCAGACUGCUGCUUGCAGCCCCUGUGCCACGUCAAUGCACUGUGCCUGGGCUCCCCGGACCCCCUGGACAUCAUCCAGGAGACACAAGCCCCCAUCUCCCAGCAGAGCUUGCAUUCCUUCUACGACCGGAUCAAGUUCCUCAUUGGCAAGGACAGCACUCACAUCAUCCCAGGAGACAAUCCUUUUGAAGGAGGACACGCGUGUGUGAUUCGAGGCCAGGUGAUGACAGCAGAUGGGACCCCUCUAGUUGGAGUGAACAUCAGCUUUGUCAACAAUCCCCUUUUUGGAUACACAAUCAGCAGACAAGAUGGGAGCUUUGAUCUCGUUACCAUUGGUGGGAUCUCCAUUAUCCUGCACUUUGAGCGUGCUCCCUUCAUCACCCAGGAGCACACGCUCUGGCUGCCCUGGGAUCGCUUCUUCGUGAUGGAAACCAUAGUCAUGAGGCAUGAAGAGAACGAGAUUCCAAGCUGUGACCUCAGUAACUUCGCCCGCCCCAACCCUGUGGUCUCUCCAUCUCCACUGACUGCUUUUGCAAGUUCCUGCUCAGAGAAAGGUCCUAUUGUUCCUGAAAUCCAGGCUCUACAGGAGGAGAUUAACGUUUCAGGUAGUAAAAUCAAAGUCAGUUACCUGAGCAGUCGCACAGCUGGCUACAAAUCAGUGCUGAGGAUCAGCAUGACGCACCCCACCAUCCCCUUCAACCUCAUGAAGGUCCAUCUCAUGGUGGCUGUCGAGGGACGCCUCUUCAGAAAGUGGUUUGCAGCUGCUCCAGACCUCUCCUAUUACUUCAUCUGGGAUAAGACAGAUGUUUACAGCCAGAAGGUGUAUGGGCUCUCGGAAGCCUUUGUUUCAGUAGGUUAUGAGUAUGAAUCCUGUCCUGACUUGAUCCUGUGGGAAAAGAGAACAGCUGUUCUUCAAGGUUAUGAAAUUGAUGCUUCCAAACUUGGAGGAUGGUCCCUGGACAAACACCAUGCCCUCAAUAUACAAAGUGGCAUCUUGCAUAAAGGAAAUGGAGAAAACCAGUUUAUAUCCCAGCAGCCACCUGUAAUUGGAAGCAUUAUGGGCAACGGCCGCAGACGUAGCAUUUCUUGUCCAAGCUGCAAUGGUCUUGCAGAUGGGAACAAACUCCUGGCUCCUGUUGCCCUAACAUGUGGGUCUGAUGGAAGUCUUUAUGUUGGAGAUUUCAACUACAUCCGAAGGAUCUUUCCCUCUGGCAACGUCACCAACAUACUGGAGCUGAGCCACAGCCCAGCUCAUAAGUAUUACUUGACCACAGAUCCAAUCACUGGCUCCAUCUACCUCUCCGACACCAACAGCCGACGGAUCUAUAAAAUCAAGUCAACCACCUCAGUGAAAGACAUUGUGAAGAAUUCCGAGGUCUUGGCUGGAACCGGGGAUCAGUGCCUCCCGUUCGAUGACACCCGCUGUGGAGAUGGAGGCAAAGGCACUGAUGCUACCCUGACAAAUCCCAGGGGCAUCACCGUGGACAAGUUUGGGCUGAUAUACUUUGUGGAUGGCACUAUGAUCAGGAGAAUUGACCAGAAUGGGAUCAUCUCAACUGUGUUGGGUUCCAAUGACUUGACAUCUGCUCGGCCUCUUAGCUGUGACUCUGUCAUGGACAUUUCUCAGGUUCGUCUAGAAUGGCCCACGGACCUGGCAGUCAAUCCCAUGGAUAAUUCUCUCUACGUCCUGGACAAUAACGUCGUGUUACAGAUAUCUGAGAACCACCAAGUGCGCAUCGUGGCGGGGAGGCCCAUGCAUUGCCAGGUGCCGGGCAUGGAUCACUUUCUGCUCAGCAAGGUGGCCAUCCACGCCACGCUGGAGUCUGCCACCGCCCUGGCUGUCUCCCAUAACGGGGUCCUGUAUAUCGCUGAGACUGACGAGAAGAAGAUCAACCGCAUCAGGCAGGUCACCACCAACGGAGAGAUUUCUCUGGUGGCCGGUGCCCCGAGUAGCUGCGACUGCAAGAACGAUGCCAACUGCGACUGCUUCUCUGGGGACGAUGGCUAUGCCAAGGAUGCCAAGCUGAACGCGCCCUCCUCGCUGGCGGUGUGUGCGGACGGGGAGCUGUAUGUGGCGGAUCUGGGAAACAUCCGAAUCCGCUUCAUUCGGAAAAACAAACCGUUCCUCAACACUCAAAACCUCUACGAGUUGUCCUCGCCCAUAGACCAGGAGCUCUACUUGUUUGACACCAGUGGUAAACACCUUUAUACUCAGAGCCUUACCACUGGAGAUUAUCUUUACAAUUUUACUUAUUCUGGAGAUGGGGAUAUAACCCUGAUCACUGACAAUAAUGGCAACUUAGUCAACAUCCGAAGAGAUUCUACAGGGAUGCCCCUCUGGCUGGUGGUGCCCGAUGGCCAAGUCUACUGGGUGACAAUUGGUACCAACAGUGCGCUCAAGAGCGUCACAACACAAGGGCAUGAGGUGGCCAUGAUGACGUACCAUGGCAACUCCGGUCUCCUUGCCACUAAAAGCAAUGAAAAUGGUUGGACAACGUUUUAUGAGUAUGACAGCUUUGGGCGCCUGACCAACGUGACCUUCCCCACUGGCCAAGUGAGCAGCUUCCGCAGCGACACCGACAGCUCGGUGCACGUCCAGGUGGAAACCUCCAGCAAGGAUGAUGUCACCAUAACAACCAAUUUGUCAGCAUCAGGAGCCUUCUACACCCUGCUCCAAGACCAAGUCCGAAACAGCUACUACAUCGGCGCUGACGGCUCGCUCAGACUGAUGCUCGCCAACGGCAUGGAGGUGGCGCUGCAAACCGAGCCACACCUGCUGGCUGGCACCGUCAACCCCACAGUGGGCAAGAGGAAUGUCACCCUGCCCAUUGACAACGGCCUCAAUCUUGUGGAGUGGAGGCAGAGGAAGGAGCAAGCGAGAGGGCAGGUCACCGUCUUUGGACGUCGCCUGAGGGUUCACAACAGAAACCUGCUGUCCCUUGACUUUGAUCGUGUGACAAGGACAGAGAAGAUCUAUGAUGACCACCGCAAGUUCACGCUCCGCAUCCUCUACGACCAGGCAGGGAGGCCCAGUCUCUGGUCACCCAGCAGCAGACUGAACGGGGUCAAUGUCACCUAUUCCCCAGGAGGACACAUUGCAGGGAUUCAGAGGGGCACAAUGUCAGAAAGGAUGGAGUACGAUCAGUCUGGCAGAAUUACAUCCAGGAUCUUUGCUGAUGGCAAAUCAUGGAGUUACACAUACUUGGAGAAGUCCAUGGUGCUGCUCCUUCACAGCCAGAGACAGUACAUCUUUGAGUUCGAUAAGAACGACAGGUUGUCGUCGGUGACCAUGCCCAACGUCGCCCGUCAGACUUUAGAGACCAUCCGCUCCAUCGGUUACUACAGGAACAUCUACCGGCCGCCGGAGGGCAACGCCUCGGUGAUCCAGGAUUUCACCGAGGACGAGCAGCUCCUCCACACUUUGUACUUGGGCACGGGCAGACGAGUCAUCUACAAGUACGGAAAACUAUCCAAGUUAGCCGAGAUGCUCUACGACACCACAAAGAUCAGUUUCACUUACGAUGAAACCGCCGGCAUGCUGAAGACCAUCAACCUGCAGAACGAAGGGUUCACGUGUACGAUCAGGUACAGACAGAUAGGACCCCUCAUCGACCGGCAGAUCUUCCGCUUCACCGAGGAGGGCAUGGUGAACGCACGCUUCGACUAUAACUACGACAACAGCUUUCGGGUGACCAGCAUGCAAGCGGUCAUCAACGAGACACCUUUACCCAUUGAUCUCUACAGGUAUGAUGAUGUGUCAGGCAAAACUGAGCAGUUUGGGAAAUUCGGAGUCAUUUACUACGACAUCAAUCAGAUUAUCACCACCGCUGUCAUGACUCACACGAAACACUUCGAUGCCUACGGCAGGAUGAAGGAGGUCCAGUACGAGAUAUUCCGCUCUCUCAUGUACUGGAUGACUGUGCAGUAUGACAACAUGGGGAGAGUGGUUAAGAAAGAGCUGAAGGUUGGCCCUUAUGCAAACACAACAAGGUACUCGUAUGAAUAUGAUGCUGAUGGCCAGUUGCAGACAGUGUCCAUCAAUGACAAGCCUCUCUGGCGUUACAGCUAUGACCUAAACGGGAACCUCCAUUUGUUGAGUCCGGGGAACAGUGCCCGCCUCACGCCGCUCAGGUACGACCUCAGGGAUAGGAUUACCAGACUGGGGGAUGUGCAGUACAAAAUGGAUGAAGAUGGCUUCCUGAAGCAACGGGGCAACGAUAUUUUUGAGUACAAUUCAGCUGGCCUGCUCAUCAAAGCCUACAAUAAAGCCAGUGGAUGGAGUGUGAAGUACCGCUAUGAUGGCCUAGGAAGGAGAGUCUCUAGCAAAACCAGCCACGGCCAUCACUUGCAGUUCUUCUACGCAGACCUGACCAACCCAACCAAGGUCACCCAUUUAUACAACCACUCAAGCUCUGAGAUCACCUCCCUCUACUACGACCUCCAAGGCCACCUCUUUGCAAUGGAACUCAGCAGUGGUGAUGAAUUCUACAUAGCCUGUGAUAACAUUGGCACUCCUCUGGCUGUCUUCAGUGGGACUGGCUUAAUGAUUAAGCAGAUACUGUACACAGCAUAUGGGGAGAUCUAUAUGGACACCAAUCCUUACUUCCAGAUCAUCAUUGGCUACCAUGGAGGACUCUAUGACCCCCUCACAAAGCUUAUCCACAUGGGACGGAGAGACUAUGAUGUGCUAGCGGGUCGGUGGACAAGUCCAGACCAUGAUAUGUGGAAGCAUCUGAGUAGCAAUAACAUCAUGCCUUUCAACCUCUAUAUGUUCAAAAACAACAAUCCCAUUAGCAACUCUCAGGAUAUCAAAUGUUACAUGACAGAUGUCAACAGUUGGCUGCUCACCUUCGGGUUCCAGCUCCACAACGUCAUCCCCGGCUACCCCAAGCCAGACAUGGAUGCAAUGGAGCCGUCCUAUGAGCUCAUCCACACACAGAUGAAAACCCAAGAAUGGGACAACAGCAAGUCAAUUUUGGGUGUCCAAUGUGAAGUGCAGAAGCAGCUGAAGGCCUUCGUCACUCUGGAGCGUUUUGAGCAGAUCUACAGCUCCAGCAUCGCCGGGUGUCGGCAGGUCAAGAAGAACAAGAACUUUGCCUCCGGAGGCUCCAUCUUCGGCAAAGGCGUCAAGUUCGCCAUGAAGGACGGGCGCGUGGCCACCGACAUCAUCAGCGUGGCCAACGAGGACGGGCGGAGGAUCGCGGCCAUCCUGAACAACGCCCAUUACCUGGAGAACUUGCACUUCACCAUCGACGGGGUGGACACGCACUACUUCAUCAAGCAAGGGCCGUCGGAGGGCGACCUGUCCAUCCUGGGCCUCAGCGGCGGGCGCAGGACCCUGGAGAACGGCGUGAACGUGACGGUGUCCCAGAUCAACACAGUGCUGAGUGGCAGGACUAGACGUUACACGGACAUCCAGCUCCAGUACGGGGCUCUGUGUCUGAACACUCGCUACGGGACCACCUUGGAUGAGGAGAAGGCCCGAGUCCUGGAGCUGGCCCGGCAGCGCGCUGUCGCCCAAGCUUGGACCCGGGAACAGCAGAGACUGCGGGAUGGGGAGGAGGGUAUUCGCUCGUGGACAGAAGGGGAGAAGCAACAAGUGCUAAACACGGGCCGGGUACAGGGCUACGACGGCUAUUUUGUGAUCUCAGUGGAGCAGUACCCCGAACUCUCAGACAGCGCCAACAACAUCCACUUCAUGAGACAGAGCGAAAUGGGCAGAAGGUGACAGAGAGGGUCGAUGCGGUGACUUCUUGCCAAAGACAGCUACUCUUUUGUGGCCACUUACCUGACUGUGUUGUACUCAAUCCUUUUUCUAAACCGAACAAGGCGGGGUGGGGGGGAGGAAAAUAGAAAGAGAAGGAAUAAUAUGGUUGCACUGUAACUCAUGCAACAUACUUUUUUUUCCCCCUCUAUAAUUUGGCCUUCACGCAUUUUUUGCAAUGAACAGAAGGUAUAUUUUGCCGUAGUGUGAUCACAGUGAAAUUUACUGUCUCUUGUCCUCUUUAUUUUUUGGUUGUUUCCCCUCCCUCUCCCCUUUGUGAAGGAAUUUGAAGUGGGGGAGUCGUCAACAUACGUCCUUAGGUGUGAAGUGCGAAAUGGGUGUCUGUUGCUAACUUGUGUCAUCCUAACCCUUUCUGAUUUGGGGCAGGGACAGAUAGCCUUCCACCCAAAAACACCCACGGGGAGCCCACGGUGUGCUGGAGAGCUCUUCCCAGGAAGCAAGACGACGCGGAUUCCGAUACUCCGAAAGCGACCGUCCGAAUCAUGUGCCUCAAAAGAGACCUUACAAGUAGUUUUCACGUUUCACUUGGGACAUACAG